AUGUCUUUGAUGUGGAAAUCGGUCAAGGUCUACCUGGCUGGAUUCUCGACUUCCUCCUACUCUCCGUUGCGCACCGAUAGCCCGGAUUGCAUAGAGGAGCAAGCGAGGGACUUGGAAAAAGCGGAGAAAGUUGACGCAUCUGGUCGACGCACCGUCUGCCUCAGUCUCUAUUUUCUUCUGGCCUCGAUUCUUCUCUAUGCCCUGCUCCCACUGUAUCCCCCGUCGGACGAAUAUUGUGAAGGCAAAAUGUGGGCGUGGAGCCCUAUCCUCGGGGCUUCGAGAUACGAAUGGCGUCAAAUGGACUCCAGCCAACUCCCAGGCGCAUUAUACGGCGGCCCUCCCACUGAAGAUCGGCUGGACGCGUGGGAACACAUAGUGGAAGAUGGAUUUAUCGGCUUUCCCCGCGACAGACUGAAAGCCAUUCGAAAAUCAGAGGCCGAAGACUGGUGGUCAUUGCCCUACCCUGAUCAAGACACAAUUAUUGCUGGCCCAGAAUUUUACCACCAACUACACUGCGUCCGACUGCUGUGGCUGGCUGCUUUACGGGAUGAGUGGGAUUAUACAAAGGGAGGGAAUAUAUCUUCGUGGCGCUAUGCUAUGCAUACUAAGCACUGUUAUCUUGCACUGGAAAAAAUGCUCGAGUGCCAGGCGGACAUUUCGCCAGUGCUCUUCGAACAGGGGGAUGGCGUUUGGGAGACCCGAAAUGCCCCUCACAAGUGCAAGGACUUCCCCGCCCUUGUCCAGUGGCAAGCAGACAACACUGUUUGCGGACGUCCAUGCCAGUACAGCUAG